UCCUUGGCACAAGCUGGUGCUUCAGGAUGGACCCACUCUUCCCUGCCCAUAUUUUGGAAGAUCCUGACCUGAGAAAGCUGCUGAAUGACUCCUCCAUGCUGAACCUGAGCUUUCUCCCCAGUAACUGGUUCAACAACGGCACCGGGGACAGCUUCUUGCCACUGAGCAUCAAGAUCACCAUUGUGGUUGUCUACUCCAUCGUCUGCAUCGUGGGGCUGGUGGGCAACUGCUCCGUCAUGUAUGUGAUCAUCAGAUUCACCAAGAUGAAGACAGCAACCAAUAUUUAUAUCUUUAACCUCGCUCUGGCUGAUACCUUGUGUCUGAUGACCUUACCCUUCCAGGGUACAGACACGUUCCUGGGCUUCUGGCCCUUUGGCAAUGUCCUCUGCAAGAUUGCCAUCUCUAUAGACUACUACAACAUGUUCACAAGCACCUUCACCCUGACCAUGAUGAGCGUGGACCGCUACAUCGCUAUCUGCCACCCUAUCAAAGCACUGGACAUCCGCACUCCCCACAAGGCCAAAGUGGUGAACGUCUGCAUCUGGGCACUGGCUUCUGUCUUUGGCAUCCCAGCAAUGGUGAUGGGAUCUGCAGAGAAUGAAAACAAUGAAAUUGACUGUCUAAUUAAACUCCCUUCACCUGUGGAUUACUGGGAUCCAGUGUUUGGCAUCUGUGUCUUUCUCUUCUCCUUUAUGAUCCCUGUGUUGAUCAUCACCAUUUGCUACAGUCUCAUGAUCAGACGACUCAAGAAUGUCCGUGUCCUCUCAGGCUCCAAAGAGAAAGAUAGAAACCUGAGGCGCAUCACUCGAAUGGUCCUGGUGGUGGUGGCAGUCUUCAUCAUCUGCUGGACUCCCAUCCAGAUUUUUGUGCUGGUCCAGUGCUUGGGUGCCAAGGCAGAAAGUGAGCUUGAGCUGGCCAUCUCCUGCUUCUGCACUGCGCUGGGGUAUGCCAACAGCAGCCUGAACCCUGUGCUCUACGCCUUCUUAGAUGAGAACUUCAAGGCAUGCUUCAAGAAGUUCUGCUUCCCCACAGCCUUCAGGACCGAGCUCCAGAUGUCCAACAGGAUGUGCAGCAUCGCCAAGGAUGUUGCCUAUGCCUGCAAGAACUCGGAGGGGACUAACAAUCCGGCCUGACUAGGCAUGGAAAUUCCCAUGGCGGCUGUUGCCCAGCAGAGUCCAACCACCCCCACGUCAGAGCUAACUCAGAUAACGGCUCUUUAGCAGGACCUCAAAACUGAGAGGUGAGGAAACAAUUUUGGGGGUUGGGAAAACUGGAUACUGCAGGAGCAUGCAGGAAAAGUGAGCCCAUUUGAUGCCUUUUCAAUUCCAGUGCACCCUGCACUAAGGGACAUGUCUGAAAUCAGCCCUUUGAUUCCUGCAAAACCCUGGUGGUUCAACACAUCAUUGAGAAUUCAGGAAUUAAGGGUUUAAAACAGGUAUUUCUCCUGGAAACUUAGACUUUGCUGCUGGGAGAUGGACAAAAUACAAACUAUUCAAUUUGUUUUUUCCUCCCCGAGUUGUUUAAGAUGUUAACAGCUCAUGUGGUUCACCAGGCACUUGGGUAUGAGGUUUAUUCCUGCGGUAUCGCUCUGAAAUUAGACUUUGCUGAAGCCAAAGUGGGCAGCAACCGUCAGACAAAAAAACCAAGAUCAUCUCUAGGAUGAGUCAUCACAAAGGGAAGGAUGCAGGAGGGAGAGGAGGGAGCUGCUGGAAAGGGAAAUUCAAGCUGCUGUGGGGCAGGAGCCC